CGUGCCGGACUCACUCCUGGACCCAGACCUCUUCAGCUCCAGGGGUUCAAGACCCACCGGCCUUGCUCUGCUCCUCCAGCCCGCCCCAGAGCUAGCGUUCGCAGUCCGCUGAGUCCUGCCCUUGGGGCCCCUCACCGAGUGGGCUCCACCCCCGUCCCCUCCCGCCGCCCCUGGGGACCAAGCGUCAGUCCCUCCGCCAGACACUCCUUCCGCGGAGUCCUUUACCAGCCGCCCUGGGAAGGGCGCUCCCGGAGCUCCCGCCGCGCAGUCCCAGCCCAUCCGGCCGCCAUGCCCUACGUGGAGCUGGACACCAGCCUGCCCGCCGCCCGGCUACCCAGCGGCCUGAGCCAGCGCCUGUGCGCUGCGACCGCGGCCGUGCUGGGCAAGCCCCAGGACAAAGUGAAUGUGAUUGUGAGGCCAGACCUCACCAUGAUACUGGGUGGUUCAGGGGACCCCUGUGCCCAGCUCAUAGUCUCCUCCAUUGGCGUGGUUGGCACAGCGGAGGAGAACCGGGACCACAGCGCCAAGUUCUUUGAGUUCCUCACCAAGGAACUGAGCCUGAGUCAGGACCGGAUUAACAUUCGGUUCUACCCCCUGGAGCCUUGGCAAAUUGGCAAAAAGGGCACAGUGAUGACAUUUCUGUGAGCAGCCCAGAGAUGGUGCUGAUGGACCAGUGGGGUCUCUGCCCCCACACGAACCAAGGAUCUCUUUAGGGCGCACAGAAUAAAAUGGAGCCCCAUGUUU